AGGAUUUGCGUCACUUCCGCAGAUUCUCAACAAUGGCGGCCUCCACCGCUAAAGACGGCGUGAGUGGAGUCCAAACAGCGAAAAGCCCUAAAAAGACCAAAGUUCAAGUGGAUGAAUCUGAACUCCUGACUGUUCCUGAGGGGUGGAAGGAGCCGGCCUUCACCAGAGAGGACAACCCCCGGGGGCUGCUGGAGGAGAGCAGCUUCGCCACGCUGUUCCCCAAAUACAGGGAAGCUUACCUGAAAGAAUGCUGGCCGCUGGUGGAAAAGGCUCUGGGAGACUUGCACAUCAAAGUCUCUCUGGAUCUGAUUGAGGGAAGUAUCACAGUCAGCACCACCAAGAAGACCUUUGAUCCGUACGCCAUCGUGAAAGCCAGAGACCUCAUCAAGCUGCUGGCGAGAAGCGUUCCAUUUGAGCAGGCUGUCCGCAUAUUACAAGAUGAUGUGGCUUGUGACAUCAUAAAAAUCGGCACUAUGGUGAGGAACAGAGAGCGGUUUGUAAAGCGGAGGCAGCGGCUGAUUGGCCCAAAGGGCUCCACCUUAAAGGCGUUAGAGUUGUUAACCAGCUGCUAUGUGAUGGUGCAGGGUAACACUGUGUCAGCACUAGGACCCUAUAACGGCCUAAAAGAAGUACGCAAAGUGGUAAUGGACACCAUGAAGAACAUCCACCCCAUCUACAACAUCAAGACGUUGAUGAUCAAACAGGAGCUUUCUAAAGACCCAGAACUGCGGACGCAGAACUGGGAACGCUUCCUGCCCAAGUUCCGCCACAAGAACCUCUCCAAGCGUAAGGAACCCAAGAAGAAGAGCGUGAAGAAGGAGUACACCCCGUUCCCUCCUCCACAACCAGAGAGCAAGGUUGAUCAGGAGCUUGCAUCGGGUGAAUUCUUUUUGCGUGAAAGUGUGAAAAGGAGGAAGAAGAUGGGGGAAAUUAAGGUCAAACAAGCAGAAGCGCUGACCAAGAAGCAAGAAGAGCGGAACAAGGCUUUCAUUCCUCCCAAAGAGAAACCAUUAAUGAAGAAGACGGCUAAAGCUCCUGCAGAAGGAAAACUGGACAUCGCAACCAUCAAGGAGAAAGUGAAGAAGGCCAAAACGAAAAAACUCGGAGCUCCACCUGUGAUCCCUCCUCCAACCACCAGCAGCACAACAGACAAAAAGAAGAAAAAAACUAAAGGCAAAGGCUAACAGCUCACCAAGUCUCAUCAUGUAAACAUGUACUAUUUGACUGGUAAUUGCUGGACAGUCGCGGCGUACCGAAAGAGGACCGGAAGGGUUUAAAUUCUUCUGAGAUUUCAGGAUGCUAAGUGUCAGAGAUGAUGUAUAUAAAUGUUUCUUCCUUUCUUGUCUAUUUUGACAGUUUUGGACAGGGAGUUUCUUGUUUUUGCUUAGGCUACGUGUCACUUA